AUGGAUCCCACUCAGAGGAGAAAUGGAACAAUCCAGAGACAAGAUGCAAUCAUCUCUGACCUCCCCUCGCCUUUCACUGAGGAUCUGUCUGGAAUGAACCUUUACGAGACCAUUGACCCCUCUACUGAAGAAAAUGUGUACGAGACCAGCUUGGCUGGGAUCAUAUCCCCAACUGAACCCAAACCCCAAGGUCACCUCUGGGGUCAAGUGGGAGGAGAUCCUGGGAAUACAGAUCACCAAAGCACAAAUGGGCCUUCCCCACCCCGUCACCCUCCGCCUCCACGCAGACCCAGGCUUCCCAGUGCGAGUUUCUCAGGUAGAGAAGGUAUCAUACCCCCUCCGGUUCCCCCCAGGCCACGAAAACCCCUCAGAAGCAGCAUGAAGCAGUUUUCCACUGACCUCAUUCAACCCACUUACAGACUGAUGCGUUCCACUACAGAAACAGACAAUCAUGACCCAUUUACCAUCAAACUAACAGACACUCCACAAGGCAGCACCAAGACGCUGACUUCUUUUUGUGAUGCAACGUCCAAGCUGAUGUCACGGUACAGGUAUGCAGACAGCGUUAAUAACUCAGGUGUGGUAUGGAGUCGAGUGUUACAGAUCCACCCUGCCCUGCUGCAGCAGGUGGAGGUGACUGUCAGCGUGGCAACUGAGUGGGGCAACCACCAGCUCCCUUUCCCCACCACAGUGAACAGGACAGUGAAGAGUCUGAUUGAUGAAAUCUUCCAGCUGCUGGACCUCCCUCCCAGCACAAGUGGUCAGCCUUAUUUAAAACUGUGCGACUCUGAUGAGUAUCUCCAAAAUGACGAACUGCUGGGUAUGCACGAGACUAUUCAGAUCUACUACUUGUUAAAACGAGUCGUCCCCCUCCGACUGCUCCACGAGAACAACCUCAGACACCGUCUGUGCCGGGAUGUGGAGGACGACAGAAGCUCAUGCCAACUCUACCAGCUCCUGCGUCCUGUGAGCGUUUUCAACACCUGCAAGUUGAGCCUGCAGAAUGUGCUCGAUGGCUACAACAGAGAGGUGACGGUGCUAAUGAGAAGUAAGUCGGGGAUGAACGUUAAUGUGCUCGUGGGUCAUGUUCGCACCAUCAGCAAUCUCCUGUGUGGGCUCUCGUGUCAGGAGCUGGAGGAUGCCAUUGGCAGGCUCAACAGAAUCAACCCCAUACCUCUGAGUCAUGAUGAGAUGUCUGAGUGUGAAUCUGCCAUGCUCAUGCUCAACAAGGCGCUGCUCAAAGUGCUGCAGAUCUUUUACGCCAACUUCCAGUCAGACUUCAGAGGUCAGGAGGUAACCAGAGACCUGCAAGUACUCGACGUCGAGAACAACUCAGAAAUCCUCCAGUUCAAUAUUUCUGCUCUCUACCAAUUACCACUCGACUGGAUGAACAAUUAUGAGUCCUUCUCUGUUUCCUGUGAGCUGACGUACGGACUAACAGAUAUCUGUGACACUGGCGUUUCCGAAAACAUCAGCACCGCCUUGUCAUACGGAAACAAGAUCCAGUGUAACCGAAUGAUGGUGUUCCCUGUUCCAGUAAAUCAGCUGCCGUAUGAGAGCAUGUUGACAUUUCGCCUCAAGGGCUCCAAGCGAGGAAAAAACUCCGAGCUUUUAGGCUGGGCUGUUCUACCUCUCUACAGCGACCGGACUCUGGUAAUGGGGACUGUUCUGCUCAGUUUGUCCGCAAUGAACGAGCUGCCUGCUCCUCCCUCCCCGGCCCUGUAUGACAGCCACAGACAAGCCAUCGGGGUCAUACUGCAGCUCGAGUUUCAAGAGCAGAUAGAGUGGAAGUAUGAGAGGCCCAUCGCCCUCCCCGGUUCGAUCAUGUUCACUGAGCCUUGUGAGGAGCUGCAGAAGAAAAUGUUGAUAGUCUCUAAGAAGCACUGCCUCUGCUUACUAGAUAAAAAUGAGAGGGCUUUCCUCUGGAGUAAGCAUCACUGCAGUGACAAACAAAGUACUUUCCUCCACUUGCUUCUUGGUGGAGCCCUCCAGUGGCAGCCUGAAGACCUGACAGAAAUCUACACUGUUGUAGAGAACUGGCCCAUCCAUCUACCCGAGGAGGCCCUCUUCCUGCUCAGUGACAGUUUCCAUGAUCAGACUGUGCGGCGGGCUGCAGUUCAGUACUUUGAACAGAUACCAGACGGAGAGCUGGAGGUGUUUCUGCCACAGUUGGUCCAGGCUCUGAAGAGUGAGUGGGAGCUGGAUGGACCUCUGGUGAUGAUGCUGCUGGAGAGAUCACUGAAGAACAUACGGAUCGCCCAGCAACUCUACUGGCUGCUGGAGGAUUCCCUCACUGACCAAUACUAUCAGAGUUGGUUCAGUAAGGUUCAGGCUGCCCUGCGGCACUGUUGUGGCCGGGCACUGAGGCAGGAGCUGGAGCUCGAAACCCGCCUGGUAUCUGUGCUCGUACAGGUGGCUGAGAAGGUCCGCACUGCCGAUAAGGCUCGACGUAAGAAUAUUUUGAACAUAGAAAAGUUGAAGAUUGAGGAGUUCUUCAGUGAUGGGGUCAGCUGUUGUCUGCCACUGGAUCCUGCAGUCCGUGUGAAGGCGUUGGACGUGGAUGCCUGUAAGUUCUACAACUCCAAUGCUGCUCCUCUGGGGAUCUCGUUCAUCUGCUCUGACCCUCUGGCCAAGAACAUCAGCGUCAUCUGCAAGACAGGAGAUAACCUGCGUCAGGACAUGCUGGUGCUUCAGAUAGUCCGUGAGAUGGACAGGGUUUGGCUCCAGGAGGGGCUGGACCUGCAAAUGAUCACCUACAGGUGUCUCUCUACGGGCAAAGAUCAGGGCCUGGUGGAAGUGGUUCCAGAGGCCGUGACCCUCGGGAAGAUUCAGCAGGAGUGGGGUCUGGGUGGCACCCUUCGAGAAGACACGCUGGAGAAAUGGUUCCACAUGUGGAACAAAACCAAGGAGGACUAUGAGAAGGCUGUGUUGAACUUCAUACACUCGUGUGCAGGGUGGUGUGUGGCCACCUUCAUCCUGGGGAUCUGUGACCGACACAAUGACAACAUCAUGUUGAAACACAGCGGACACAUGUUUCACAUCGACUUUGGCAAGAUUAUGGGCAACGCACAGAAGUUCGGAAGCUUUAAAAGGGACCGAUCACCAUUCAUCUUUACAUCUGAGAUGCAGCACUUCAUCACAGGCGGGGGGCAGAAGCCUCAGCGCUUGCAUCGCUUUGUGGAACUCUGCUGUGAAGCUUACAACAUCAUCAGAAAGCGCUCUGCACUGAUACUCAGCUUGCUGGAGUUGAUGUUAAAUGCAAGAAUGCCAGAACUGAAGGACUCUAAUGACCUGCAGUACGUCCAGAAAAACCUCAGACCUCAUGACACAGACCUGGAGGCCACAUCCUACUUUACAAAGAAGAUCAAGGAAAGCAUGGGCUGUGUUGCAGUCAAGUUUAACUUCCUGACACACAGCAUGGCUCAAGGGAAGAAACAAGAUCCACGAACACGGGACGGCAUCCCCGCUCCCAGCACCAACAUCCAAGAAGCUGUCAUUCAGGGAUACACCGUCAGGGGAAAAGAUGUGAUCUACGACCUGAGAGUAAACAUUCAUGACGGUUUUCUGAACAGUGAUAAGACAUUUGCGCAGUUUGAGAUGAUCCAUAAGGAGCUGCAGAAACAUUUCAUUGAAACUAUGCUGCCUCAGUUUCCUCGGUGGUAUAAUAUGUCAUUCACCAACGGCAGGAAGAUGUCUCUGCUGAAUAAAUACCUGAAGCAGCUUUUUGAGGGACCAUGCAAGGGAAAUGAAUUUGUGUGCAGCUUGUUCCUGGAUGGCCCCAACACAGACCAAGAAAGUGUGGUGACAGGAAACCGUCCUCAGAUCCAGCUCAACAUCUCUUACUCUAACAGCAAGCUCUCGGUGUUGGUAAAACACCUGAAGAACGUUAAGCAUCCAAACGGCUCGAACCCUGAUGCCUACGUGGUCACCCGUCUGAGACCGGACCCUCAGCAGCUCUACAAGAAGAGGACGAAAGUGGUCCGCAAUCAUGACAACCCCACCUUCAACGAACUGCUGGAGUACAAUUAUGUCCCUCUGCUGUAUGGGAUGGUGCUGGAAGUGACAGUGAAGAGCAAGAAGACGUUUGUGGCUGCGACCAACAUAAGACUGGAGGAGGUGUUGCUUGACAAGGAGACCUGGUUUCCCCUCGGGAACUGUGCAAUCUGACCUCACAGAGCUGCACUGUGAGUCUGCUGCCAGCAGGGGGUGCAGCCACACUGAGGGAAACAAUCAAUCCAAAGAUUUUUUCAGACUGUAUGAAUGAGACAAGAGGAACUGUGCACUCUCAUUUAUACCUAUUUAUCAGAUGCAAUUUAACCUCGCUGCAGAGCUAUAUAAGCUGGCAGCGAAUGGAGUAUUUGGCUGACGUUACAAGCCUGAUUUAAAGACUCAGGGAAGGACACUGUUUACUGUGUGAAGCGUCAUUUUAUCUUUAUUUUUAAAAUGUCAAUCAAGUGAAGGACAUUUUGCUAAUUAGUCAGAUUUUUGGAUGUGGCUUCGGUGACGGAUGAAGGAAAGUACUUUCAUUAUCAAACUUGCACUUUUGUUAGUACUUUAACUUCAAAACAGUCCUUGCAAGUGCGCGUGUGGUCGAGACUGUCGAUGUGACGGAUUAAAGGGGGUGAUGCAGUGCUGUUAGGGGCUGCCUGUCUGAUACCUGCUCAGACUGAGUGUGUUUGUCCCUUUGGGCUGUGUCAGCUGGAUGUCCUUGACCAGUGGAAUUGGGAGGCGGGAGGCAGGACGGCGAGGGAGAAGGGGGAGAGGGGGAGUGUGUGAGCAGGAUGACAACUCUGCCUCUACGGCCUGAGGCGCUGAGUUAACACUCUCUCCAUCACUCCAUCCUUUGUCUCAUCCAUCAGUGACAUUCAAACACAGUUAUGCACAUGCAUGUGCAAACAGGCAAAGGCUCACAAAUACCCCUGAAAAAGCACCUAUACACACACACACUCUCUUUCAGGUCUUCAUGUUAUCUUAAUGCCAUCCUCCUCCUGACAGGCCUGCUGACCCGCACUCUCCUCCGCCUCAUUCAUAGGAUUUAGUGAUGAACGAGGAUAGAAAUAGCCUUCUCUGCGCUGGAUUUGGUUCAAUAAUGUAUACCUCUGUGAAUGCUAUUUAUAUUAUUCCCUGCUGGGUCUCUCACAGGGAGGUUGGCUUGGAAGAAAAUGUUGGCUGCUACUCUUUCAUAGUAGUGCUCAUGGACUAUUAAUGCAUCCUGGCAUCACUCAUCCCGUUCAGGCUUAAUAGGGGAAUUACAUCUAUUGUUUUGGAAUAGAUGAUUAAUCCAAAGACAACACUGUGUCUCGUGGUUCGUCUUAUGUGUGAUCAACUCUACCACAAUAAUCGCACUUUGCAUCAAUUAUUAAUUCUAUGAUAAGAACCUAAUAUCCCACUCCAGGGAUUUCUCCGCUACUUGAGUGAUGCCAGCAGAGAGUUAUUCUUCGUUCUUUUUCAGCCCUGCUGGAACCUUCUGGUCUUUUUUUCCUCCGCAGUAGAGAGAAGGCACGUCUAUUUUCUGACAAUAAAACUGGUAUUUAUAUCUGA